AUGAAGACUACCGCUUUGCGUCUCUGGAGUGCGUGGAGUUUGACGGCAACGUCCCACGCGUGGCUGUCGUCGUCGCCGUUUCGAUUGGCGUCCCUGCGCCUGCCAACGGCUCGUGCCACCUCCACGUCCAACUUGGACACGGACGCGACCACGAAGUUUGUUCCUCCCGCACGCGUCGUCCGGGACGUGUUGCCGACGGUCUACGUCUACGACCACUGUCCCUUUUGCGUCCGCGUACGAUUCGCUCUCGGCGUCAAGAACGUGAAACACUACGUCCACUUUCUCGCCAACGACGACGUGCCCACACCGACGGCUCUCGUGGGGAAGAAGAUUGCCCCCGUGUGGGUCUGGCCCGAAGCCGACAUCGUCAUGGCCGAGUCGCUCGACAUUUGUCGACUCGUCGACGCCGAUGAGCGCUUCGGACCCGUCCAGGCGAUUCGACCCGCUACGGAACGCACCGACAUCCGUGACUGGCAGAAAUCCGUACAGUCGCUCCUACGGACCCUCCAACGACCACGUUACGUCGCGACCGGACUCCUACCGGAAUUCCAACAACGCGAUGCCCGGGACGCCUUUGUCGCCAAUCAUCAACUCCCACCCUACGAAAAAAACGAAUGGAAAGGAUCCGAUGGUCCCACGUUGGCCGAGAAAUGGCAGCUCUAUCGUGACGCCCGGGACGCCGAUCCGACCCAGCACCUCCAAGCGCUCAACGAGAAACUCGUGGAACUGGACGAACUCCUCGAUUCGGAAUAUCACUGCUCCCCGGGAGGACUCAGUUACGACGACGUGGAUCUCUUCGCCCGACUCCGCUCCGUCACGAUCGUCAAGGGUGUCCAGUGGCCGACCAAAUUGAGAGCCUACAUGGAUUACAUGGCGGAACUCGGGGAUGUUCCCCUCUACGACGCCAUGGCCAUGUAA